AUGUGGCUGUGGCUUUUGGUCACGCCACUCGUCGUUGCUCAAGACAUCGCUGCCGUGUUCGGCAACCCGGCAAACAACUGGUCUGUCGACACUACGUUCUAUCUACCCAGCGAAUCAGCAUUCGUGAACUUGACGGAACGAUGGACGGUUGUGGGUGCGCCCACCUAUUCUGCCGCUAUCAGUCCAUCGACAGAAGAGGACUUGGUAAAUAUUGUUACGUUGGCCACGCAGAACAACGUCCAGUUCCUGGCCACUGGCGGGCGACAUAGCGUGAGCACGACCUUAGCAUCACUACAGAAUGGCUUGGCUGUGGAUCUUAGCCAAUUCGACCAGGUUCUUGUGAGCUCGGAAGAUGGCACUCUGACAAUCGGUGGGGGUGUUCGUCUCGAGCAAAUCCUGGACCCAGUCUACAAUGCCGGCUUCGAAAUGCAGCAAGGUUCAUGUUCAUGUCCUGCGUACGUGGGUGUGACUAUUGGUGGUGGAAUCGGUCGCUAUACCGGAGUAUACGGCCUUGCUAUCGACAGCUUAUUGUCCGUACGUCUCGUCACCGCCGACGGACGUCUUCUCACUGUGUCGGAGAACUCUUACCCAGACCUUUUCUGGGCCGUUCGCGGCGCCGGGGCCAACUUCGGCGUCGUUGUAUCCGCAACGUAUGAGCUGCGCAAGAUUUCUGAUGACCCAGUUCACCGGGGUCAUGUUUUCGUAGUAGACGUCAGUUUGCCAGCAAACACGAGCUCUGCCUACUUCAACCUCCUUGAAUCGUACCAUCAAAACGGUUCAUUACCAUCCAACCUAGCACAGAUAUCUGCUCUCCACUGGGAUGAAGGGACCAAUGCAUCCGUAGUACUUGGCAACUGGGCUUACAUGGGCUCCGUAGACGAAGGCCGUGAGAUAUUGGCUCCUGUCUUGGGCCUCGAAGCGCUUGAAAUUUCCGCCAGGACUGUGCCUUGGGACGAAGUGAUUGCCAGCCAAGGAUUUGGCGAGUUUGAUGCCGUUCUCUGCGAGGACAACAAGAUCCGUCACCACUAUGCGGCGACAGUGCGAAACGUUUCCGCGUCAGCCUUCGAGAUCGCAUUCGAGAAGCUGACGAAGUUUCUCGUUGAUUACCCAGAUGCGCGCGGGACCAGCAUGCAGAUCGAAACUUUCCCCAACCAGGCGGCUAUGGCGGUUGCUGACGAAUCCACGGCAUAUCCAUGGCGAGACGCAGUGGCACAUAUUGCACUUGUGUUCACUCUGGAUAGCGAUAACGCCACCACGGUCGACGCAGUGACUAAGCUGGGACCAGAGAUUCGGAACGAUAUCUUCGUAACAUCUGGAUAUCCGGAUCUCGCGGUUUACCUCAACUACGCCCACGGCGACGAGCCGAUCGAGUCACUCUACGGACGCAAUAAGUUGCCACGAUUAGCCGAACUCAAGGGCAAGUGGGAUCCCAAUAACGUCUUCUCUUUCCACCACGCACUACCCACAAGCUACCCAUGA